GGCACCGCUACUAAAAGAAGUUAUCCUUACAUUGACUUUCCUCCAUGUCUUCCUGCAUGUUGCGGACUGUGUAAAAGUGAUCUUAGGAGACCCGUUUAUAUUUCCUGUAAACUGUGAGCCAGGUGAAUCAGGGACACUGCUGCGCGUUUUUAAAGACGACAGUACCUCAGAAGUUGCUACUUGUCACAGUGGGAAGUGGACGGUGAAAAUGUACAAAGACCGGAUGAUGAUCAACUCUUCUAAGAUCGGUUUCAAUCGCACGGUAUACAACCACGGAGGAGUCUACGAGCUGGAAAUCUCCAAACCUAAAGACCCCGUCCAGCUGGAGGUUGUUGCUGCGUGGAACGUGUCUGUGGCCGAGGAUGAGACGGUGAUCCUCCCGUGUUCCUUUGAGACCACUGGGAAAACUGGUUUGACCGUUGUUCGGGAGAAAAACGGAAAGCCUCUGUGUGUGAAGAACUCCCCUUCUGAUGGCUGCAGCGGGACACCAGACAGACUGUCCAUGUCCACGGACUGGUUUACCCACGGAGACCUGUCACUGACGGUAGCAAGGGUUCAGCCUCAGGAUCGUGGGGAUUACUUCUGCUACGUCCAAGAUGAACAUCGGAACCAUUCUGGAAAUCCUGCUGCGGUUAGACUGGCCGUCAGAGAGAAAAAGGCUCAUCAGGUCACCACACCUGCAACACCUGUAAAUCAAACACAAAGUUGCUCCGAACAGACUAAACCCUGGAAGAUAUCCACCCUGGUUGUCGGUGUUUUCCUGCUGGUCCAUGUCGCCCUUGUAGUUAUCCGUUAUUUUUGGAGUCAUUUUAAAUCAGGCUGUGAUUUUAGAACAUUUUACAAGCUGGUAGGAAGCCAGCAUACAUCCCAACCUAAUGAAGCUAUAACCACCGUUUAACUAUUGAGUAGACCAGGGUUAGUUGUCAUACUUUUAACACUUGUCCUUUAUUACUUCAAAGCUAAUAGGAAUAUUGUUUAUUUUGUAACUAUUUGUCAGAUUCCAUCAUCAGUGACUGUAUUUUUAUAUAAAACCAUCCGUGGUCUACAGGCCUAUUGCUUUUUAUUUAUCUACCAUGUUAAUAAUUUAUACCAGUUUGUAAAAAUGCUAUAGAUUGGAUGUGUAUUAUGUCAGCACUCAGACAUCAAUAAAUAUCUUCUAUUUACAUUUU